AAGUGCAGCAGCCACUUCUCUCCAGAGCGGGAAGUCACUCACAUCAGCAUCCUCUCUGCAGAUCUGAAUCGCUUGGCAGCAGAUCCGAGUCCUCGGGCUGAAACUUUUGUCUCUGGUCCAGGUUCAGUUUCGCAGCUCGGAGACGCGCCAGGAUGUUCUACUUCCACUGCCCUCCUCAGCUGGACGGGGAGUGCUGUCGCUCCAACACAUUGAAUUCCAGCGGCUUUGGCAACCACGCCCCGGCUGAUUUUGAUGAUGGAUUCCUACGUAGAAAACAACGCAGAAACAGAACAACAUUUACUUUGCAACAGUUGGAGGCUUUGGAGGCCGUCUUCGCACAGACCCACUACCCGGACGUGUUCACGCGGGAGGAGCUGGCCAUGAAGAUCAACCUGACGGAGGCCAGGGUGCAGGUUUGGUUUCAGAACCGCAGAGCAAAGUGGAGGAAGACGGAGCGAGGAAGCGCAGACCCUGAAGGAGGGAAAGAGCAGAUGAGUGACGGCACUCCUCCAUCACGCAGCAUCAACUCUCAGUCCCCAGUGGACAACAGCAGGAAGCAGAAAGAACCACUGGAGAUGCAGCAGAGUAUCAACAGGACAGUGGGUCCAAGUGGUCCUUUCUUCCCAUCCUGUAUACCAGGAACACUCCUCAACUCUGCCACCUACGCCCAGGCCCUCUCGCAGGUUGCCACACUGAAAGGUAAUGGCUUGUGCUCCUGCUGUGUUUCUGACCCCAUGGGUUUGUCCUUCCUGCCGCCCUAUGGUUGUCAGGGCAACCGCACCGCCAGCGUGGCCGCCCUGCGCAUGAAGGCCCGUGAGCAUUCGGAGGCUGUGCUGCAGUCUGCCAACCUGCUUGGUGCAGCUAGCGGGCCCGGCGCCGGCGCAGGAGUCCUGUCUGGAGUCGGCAUGGGCUCAGCUGGGGUGGCGAGGCCCACCGUGGGCCCUGCCAUCGAGGUGCCCAUCACCGCCGGGAGAGGGGGAGACAGCUGCAGUCCCAGCCCGGCCACAAAGGUGUCAGUCCUGGGCGGCAGUCCUGACAAACACCCUCACUGCUCCAAGGAGCCACUGGAGAAAAAGUGAAGCGCGGGACAUAAACGUGGAUGUACUGAUACUCUAAAUCUGUGUGAUUGUGCCUGUUAUUACUACUCAACUCUACUCUGGUCCUAUGAGCAACUAAGCACAACUACUGACUGACUCCAGAAACAGCCUGGGAAAAGACUUUACUGAUAUCACAAUGUAUGGAUGCAAACAUUAAAAUAUUUAUUUGACAGUAAAUUAUUAUUGUUUGUGGGAAAUGCUGAAUAUCUGGGGCCUUGUUGUCCCCAUAGAAGCACAAGUGUGUUUUUGGAUCUAUAUCUGUCUUCACACACUCUUGGACUUGAUGGACUGAUGUGUGCAACAAAAACCUAUUUGAUAAUGUGAAUUUAAUUAAUCCUGAUACAGCUCCUCUGCUUUUCAUAAAGAGGACUUACAUUGUGAAUGUUAUUGCAUGUAAACUGUAAGUGUAGAACUGAUGGCAGGACUGUGAAGAUUUUGGAGGAUUUUGGCAAUAUAAUGUCUAUGCCAUCAGGUCAUUUAUGGGCUCAAACAAUCUCUCAUUCUUUUAUUUUAAAGUGAAAGUGCACUUUAAUAUUAAUCACCCUUUUUUUUCCUUCAGUGUAAAUGUGUACAUGUGCCAGAAUACAGUAUGUUCCUGUGUGAACCCCAGGCAGGCUGAAGCAGACCCAGUGACAGAGCGGCGGUUGUCCCCUCCACUCUGUUAGCACAUCUGUAGCGCCAGCAGACAGGGAACACACCAGUCCUGUUGUGACAUGUUCUUUAAAACAAUUAAAGAUGUAGUCGCUCAUGUUCCUCUCCUGUUGCCUCGCGCUCCAGCCAUCUGUUCUGAUACAUUAUUUAUCAGUUUCCCUUAAAGCCGGGAGAGGAGAGCAAUCGUGACUCUUAUUAUUUAUUUACUUUUAGGAACGCUCUUCCUCUUUCUCUUCCUCUCUUUGAGCAUUUUUUUAAUAAACCCCAUUAAACAUGAUAUAUGCUAUUUAUUAAUGUGGAAUUUACAUUUUUUUUAAAUAUCACCACCUCAGGGCUCUUCACACACUGGUUUAUCACAGGCAAUACAUUUGUUG